CUCCCGGGAAACUUCCAUACUCAACUGGGUAAUCACCCACUCUUUUCCCGCCACCGAUCUAUUUUCCGUCCAAAUUCGACAAGGACUGUCUUCCUCCCUCUUGAAACAAGAAAAAUUCCAGAACAAGCGUCAGACAAGUAUAAAUACUUUAACCAAACAAUGAAAUCCAUAUAUUUCUCCUUCGCAACCGCAACGGCAACCAUCUCGAAUUCCGAUGACCUUCGUAGGUCGCAAGCACGUAUCCCUCAGUCAGUUCCAACCCCUAAUUUUCCUCUCAAAAGAACCCAGCGUUCGCUCAUUAUUCUAAGAUCACAGUCUUCUUCGGAGACACGAGGGAAUCAGCAAGGACAAGACCCAGAAACCCUAGUUCAAGACCUGAGAGUUCCGGACCACUGGUUACUCCCUUCCAAGGCCUUGGAGGAAUCAGAAUGGCUCAGGGUUACCCUGCAUAAAUGGUUGGAUGAUGAAUACUGCCCAGAGGAAACAAAUGUGGAGAUCAGCAAGGUUGCUGCCCGGUCGUACUAUGAAUCUUUGUUAGAGAAACAAACGGACAUCGGUGAGAUCCUUUUGAAGAUGGCUAGAGAACUAGAAUCCAUUUCUUAUCAGGAAAGCUUCCAUGGGGCAUUCUUCAGCAAUGCUGCAGUUAACUUAAUUAUUCAACGGAUAGAGCAGCAGUAGGUUGAGUUCUUGACCGGUUGAAGGGUCUGAAGAGUGCUCGGUAUUUACUGUUUCAACUUGUUAGUGCUUUGAAUUGUUUUUCUCUUUAAUUGUGCAUCAUUCAUGUAAUGUCCACUCUGUACUCUGUCUAACACUUUCUGAGAAUUGAGUAUCUGUUGUACCCACAAGGCUACAACUCUUGAUUGUUUUACUGCAGAAAAUCUGCGAAUGGUAUAGAAACAUAACAAAAGUUGAAUGCACGUUGAAGAAAUUUUUUAGUUGUUAAUGUAUUCCAUCUUCUAUAGUA